AUGUCUACUCAGUGUCAGACCGUCGCUGUUUUCGGAGCCAACGGUCAAAUUGGAAGACAACUGUUGAGAGCAAUGAACAAGUCUAAAGAAGGACAAUUGAAAGUUCUUGCUUUUGUUUCUCCAACCUCUGAUUUUCAAGUCAGUGACUUUGACGAGGCGAGCAUCAUCGAAAAGAGAGUAGAUCUCAAAAACAUCACUAGCGAUCAUCUCGCCAAGAUUUUGGCUAGUCAUGAUGUGAAUAUUGUUGUCAGCACUCUUGGAAAUGAAGUGAUCAGUAAACAAGGAGUUAUUCAAGACGCCGCUGCAAUAGCUGGAGUUCGACGAUUCUUCCCAAGCGAAUUCGGGAUGCACCAAAUUCCCUGGUUUGAGAACAAAGGAGGAUAUUUGCAUCCGAUCUGGGACGGAAAAAUGAGAUGCUUUGAAAAUGCUACUAAGCAUCCCGCAAUCCAAAAUGGCCAGAUGACCUACACCGUUAUUGGAUGUGGGGAGCUCUAUGAUCUCCAAGAAGAACAGAUUCUGUGUCCAUGGUUUGAAAGGGAUGAAUCAAUCAAGCAGAAUGGUGCGUGGGGGAUCCAGAAGCAAAAAUGGACUACUCCAGUUGCGCAGAUGUGGCCAAGUACCUCGUGGCAUGCAUCCACCAUCCCGAGAAAUCUGAGAACAGGAUUUUGGGAUUUCGAAGUGAUUACAUUUCCUUUCAAGAAGUCGCCGAGCUUCUGCGGUAUCAUUCAGGAAAGCAGACUCGAAUCAACCUGA